AUUCUUGUGUGAAUAUUAUUUCAAAGCGUGCAAAAAUUACUUUAAAAAUUUAUUUUCAACAUUUAAACUACAUCAAAUUAAAUCAUCUAUAUCUAAUUCAUUUCAUCUGGAAAUAAUCCAAAAUCAUUUUGUCAAAGGAAAUUUUCUCCUACCAAACAUUUUCAUUCAAUCAUUCAUUAAAUGCUUAUGCAACCAAGUUCAAAUAUCUGAACAAUAUCAUCAUUUUUCAAAGGAAUUUAUUCUUCUCAUACAUUACCAUUCAAACAUCAAAUCUAUUGCUUAUGCAAAACAAGUCUAA